CUGUUUACAUGGCUGGACACUUCCUGCAUCUCAUUAAUACACGCCUCCCCGCUUUGACUUGUCAUGAUUUGUUUUUGUCAGGAAAGGAUGCCAAAAUAAAGAACUGGAACGACCAAGGUUGCCUGAUGUCGUUCUCAGACUCUCUGCUGGACUGUCAGUCGGGGAAAAUGUACAAAGCUGAAAUAGACCAACAGUUUGUGAUGUCAAUCAUGUCCAGCUGUAAACUGGACUGUCAUCGAUUGGGAGCCCUGCACUGUGCAAUCCUGUACUUUCAGCAGCACUCACAAACUGACAAACAGAUUAUUGACUGGCUUUGUGAUCAUUUCUCAACGUCCGGUUCUUUUAAUCCUAUUCAGGAAUUCAUACUUGCUACUUUGCACAGAAAGGCGAUCUCAGAGUUGGCAUCGCUGGAUAAAGUAUUACCAUAUUCAUCCUUGCUCAACUGGGACGGGGAAAUUCCUGGAGUGACUUGCAGAACUGAGAGGGUUUUGCCAGUUUUCGGAGGAAAGAUUCAAAACCAUCGAGGAUUUUGGGAAGAGAUGAUCCGGAAUGUGGAAUUUGUGAAGGUUAAGGAAGGUUUGCACAAGGCACAGUACAAUAAUAUCUCCCUAAGGGUGGUCCAGGACAAGCUGUUUUCUGAGCUGAAUUUGAAAGAUAAAAAGGUUGCCAAUCGCUUAAGAAAUAUUUCAGAAAAUGGCAAAAAGGUCCUUUCAACUGUGGACACAUGGAACUCAGACCAGCGAGUGGUUCCACUGUUUCAGGAAGAAGAUCACCAGCAGAGGAUGCUGAUAGGACUGAUGGUUGAGAAUCUGAAGGAACAUUUGUUGAGAUAUCUUCAUCGUGUCGGAAAGAAGAAGAUUGACUGCAUUGUUAACAACUAUGUUGUGAACUUGCUUGAAUGCAUCCGACAGAUUGUGGAUACAUUAUGGAAAAAAUAUGGCUUAAGCACCCACAUCCUGACCUUGUCCAACAGUGAAGAAGUGCACUCAGCAGAGAGCGCUGUGUUCCAUAUGAUGAGUCGGAUUUUAGAAGCUGCUAAAGGGCUUUGUCUGCCUCUACCACCAGGGUAUCAUACAGUUCAUAUGCUGUUGGGCUUGCGAUGUCUUCCUUUGCACACCCUCCUGCAUUACAUUGAUCACGGUCUGCUGCAACUUACUGAAGUGUUUGUCACCAGGCUGCUCAAAGAUCUUGAUAACUCCAAGACAAAUGAGCUGUUGAAGUGUUGCAUUGUGGCACGACUGCCAGAGAUGACUGGAGAGAAAAUCUGGCACGUCUGGGAACAUCCAGUUAGUUCAUCCUGCAUCGCACGUAACUAUGUGGAAGCUCUGCUCAAAAGAGUGAACACCCAACAGAAAUCAAAAGUUUUUUCCAUGAGGGACCAAUCGCCUUUCGAGCCCAAGUUUUUGCCUCUGACAUGCCUCAUCAGAUUCCUUACUGAAAUGGAAGAUCAAGCGUUGAAUCCUUUUGAAGAGCAGGAGAACGUGGACGUAAAGUUUGUGGAAGAGAUAGCACUGAAGCAAACACUGGCUCUUCUGGGCCUUGAGAAUCUUUAGAAUGAACAAUGCUGAUCCUGUCCUACCAUUUGCGAUAUUAUUAAAGGGAACACCUUCAGCACAGUCCUGCCAACCUACCACUGAUUGUGUAGAUGGAAUUGCUGUGGACCGAUGACUAAAAUGGCCAGCGGUGUGGUUCAGUAUUCAGGUUGGAGGGCUGCAUGUACAAACGAGGAUUUGACCCUAGAGUGAGUUUAUUUGACAAAGUUGUUUGCUGCGUUGCUAAAACGAUCCAUCUGGAGUGUGGAGUUUGGGGCAGAGAGAGAACAAUUUGCUCACUUUACCAUGAAGUUGGCAGGGAUCAUGGUUGUGGAAAGAUCUGGGCCUGAGCCCAUCUGCUGCCUCAGCUGAAAGCUGCACAGCAGGAAGGCUGAAAAUUGAGUGAAGCGUGUAAAAUGUUUGUAUAGUUUAUAUAGCAUUGUUCGAAUCCACCAUAAAGUGCUAUUUAUCUCAUUCCCAGGUUGAGUUUCGCAUUCUUAAAGGUGCUCAGACUGGAAUAUGUUACUUGUUGUUACUUAUAUACUUUUAAGUUUUUUAAAUUAGUUAUUUGUUUUAAUAAAAAAAUGUCAUGGUUUCAUCUGAAAUGUUUAGGAAAAGCUGGCAGAGCAUCUGAGAAUUGGGUCGCAGCCCAUCAAGGGCAAAUAUUACUUGCCUUGAAUUGACUGAGAAUUAGUAAUGUUUAUUGUUUGAAAUUCUCAAAACAUAGGACACAGCAUCGCUAGACGAAAGAAGACUAAGGUCCAUCUAGUUCGCCUUCCAUCAUCCUGUCAGUCAACUGCACAUGUCAUGUCCCAAACCAUAUACUGUAUCCCAAGAUAUUAUUUCCUAAAAUAAAUCUAUCUAAUUCGCUUAGAUAGAUUUAACACUUUUGUCGACAAAGCUGGCUUUCCACACAGAAUCUUAAUUUCUGACUUUUCAGUAGCGAAUAUUGUCUUCCACUUAUUGAAAAUAAUGCAACUUUUACCUCUGGGGAAAGAGAGUUUCAAGUUCCUGAAAGUGAUUGACCGUCAGUGAGGAGAUGGCCACUUUCAACAAGACUGUGAUAAACGUCUUUUGUCCAUUAUAAGAUUACAUAAAGUUUAAUUUGAAAAUGUACAUUUUAUGGCUCUGCUCUUAUCUCUAGUUUGUAUUUUGACUUUGUAAAUGUCAGUACAUUGCACGUAUGUGUCUCUUGCCAGCUUCAAGACAAGAGUUGCCCAUAAUGAUUUUUUAAAUAUUGAAUAAAAUAAACAGAUUGCUCA